GUGGACUCUUUUGUUUUAGUCCUUAUCUUUUUACACUCUCCAGGGGAGCUGAAAAAGCAAAGAGUGAAAAGAAAGAUGGUUCAGAGACUCACGUAUCGCAAACGCCAUAGUUACGCCACCAAAUCCAACCAGAACAGGGCCGUCAAAACCCCUGGAGGGAGGUUGGUGUAUCAGAGCACAAAGAAGAGAGCCAGCGGACCCAAGUGUCCUGUUACUGGAAAGCGAAUCCAAGGGCUUCCUCACUUGAGACCUGCUGAAUACAAGAGGUCUAGAUUGUCCAGGAACCGCCGAACAGUUAAUCGUGCCUAUGGCGGUGUAUUGUCUGGUGGAGCUGUCAGGGAGAGGAUCAUCCGAGCUUUCUUGGUUGAAGAGCAAAAGAUUGUGAAGAAGGUUCUGAAGAUCCAGAAGUCUAAGGAGAAGCAAGCCUCAAAGAGCUGAAACAAUGGAGUAACAAAGCAAAAGCCUUUUUAGAUUAUAUUAUGUCUGAAAGAAAUUUUGACUUUGAUGAUGACGACGACAAUGACGAUGAAGAAGAAAUGUGGAAAAUAUUAUUUGUCUAGGUGCCACAAAAUCUGAAAGAUAGUCUCUUUUGUUCAGUUUUCCUAGACUGAUAUGACUUGGGGGGAACUUCUUAUCCAGUUUGUCAACAAAUCGGUCUCUAGAGACGUCUUGUUUUCUGUAUCUUUGUGCUUUGACAAAGUAUGUGAUAUUUGAUUUUGGAAUUUUGCAGUUCUUGUUUACUUAACUACAAGUUUUAGAUGGUAGGAGAAUGGUAGGCUUGAAGGCCAUUGGUGAAGGCUGGGUUGCUACAUGUUAUCCCCUUGAUGUUUUUUUUCUUGGUGUUAAUGGUUGGUUUGAAGACA